GCUGGGUGUGGGGGUCGCUAUAAAAGCGGCGUUGACGGAGACGAGGCCCCUGUGCCUAUGCUGUCAACGCAGCAGCAACAACAACAUCAUCAUCAUCAACAACAUUAUCGUCGCCGCUGCCGCCGCCACCACCACCACGAGAUCCACCGCCAUCGGCUCAGAAACGCGGCCCCGAUGUUCGUCUCCGCGGGUCGCAUCGGCGCCUCUCGCUCGGCCCUCCUGGGCCUGAGCAGAAGCCUCGGUCUCUCCUCGCGGUCGCGGCCGCUCUCAAGGACUCCUGGCACCGCGUGCCGAGGGUCUCCGUGCGUCGGGACUAGCGGUGCCCGUGGUUCCGCCUACGGCUUCUGCGGCCCCUGCGGUGCGGCCGCGCCGGGGAGAUUCUACGGUCGAAGCCCGGGGCAUCAAAACGACGACAACGACGACGGCGAGGAGACGACGGGCCCGGCGAAGAAGGCCGACAACAAUAACAAGAAGAAGAGGAUGAUGUUCAUGGCCAUCCCCAGUCCCGGCGCGUGGCUCAAGCACAAGUUCCUAUUCUUCCUCGUGAGGACUUACUUUGACCCCGACUUCACCAUAGAGGAGUUCACGGACGGCGCAAAGCAAGCAUUUUCUUGCGUGUCUUCACUCGUCGCCGAGAGCAAAUUCGACAAACUUCAAGGACUCAUGGAUGAAGAUACCCUGGAAGAGUUGCGCCACAAGUGCAGCUUGAUGGGUGAGAGCCAGCGGAGGCAACUUGCCGUGCCGUUGGAGGAUGUCAUGUACUCCGCAACUGACGAUGUAGCCAUCUACUACGAUAAUAGCGGUCGGCGCUACGUGAACAUCCUCAUGAGAUUCUGGUAUUUGACAAGUGCAAGUUUGCCUAACAAUGAUUUGGCUGGCAUGAAGAUUAUCACGUUUUCCGCAGAAGAUGAGGACAACACGCAGAGAAUUGCCACGGCCAGUUACGAAUUUCGCCGUGAAUUUACGGAAGGUGUGGAUGCAGACUGGACUGUCAUCCGCCUCGUACAUUGGAAGAUGAUGGAGUAGACUUGAAGCCACUUAUGGGAACAAGUCCGUGGAAGAGAACGUUUGGAACUUUGGCUUGAAGAGGUGCAGUUGCCUCAAUGAGGAGUGUUCACGUUUCUCUCGCUGCACACUGCAUCGGAUUGCCGACCACUGAUGAAGAGGCUCCCUGCAUCCUCAUUUUAAGUGGGAGUUGGUUUGUGAACACUUGUUUGAAACUUUUUUUCUUCUGAAAGAUAUUCUUUGCGGAGAAUGAAAUAGUAGAACUAUAAAUGUACUUGCCAGAUGUAAUUGCCUGGUCAACUUGUACAAUUUUAACGUCAUUAAAUGUGGGUGGGGUUCAAGCAUUUUAAUUUUAAUAAAAUCAAUUGAUUUUCAUUA